GGCGGCGGCGGCGGCCGGGCGCGCGCUAUGGAGCACGUGACGGAGGGCUCCUGGGAGUCGCUGCCGAUGCGGCUGCACCCGCGGGUGCUGGGUGCGCUGCGGGAGCUGGGCUUCCCGUACAUGACGCCGGUGCAGUCUGCAACCAUCCCUCUGUUCAUGAAAAAUAAAGAUGUCGCUGCAGAGGCGGUCACGGGUAGUGGCAAAACACUCGCUUUUGUCAUUCCCGUCCUGGAGAUUCUUCUGAGAAGGGAAGAGAAGUUAAAAAAGCAUCAGGUGGGAGCCUUAAUCAUCACACCGACGAGAGAGCUGGCUAUUCAGAUAGACGAGGUCCUAGCGCAUUUCACGAAGCCCUUCCCACAGUUCAGCCAGAUUCUCUGGAUCGGAGGCAGGAAUCCUGGAGAAGAUGUUGAAAGGUUUAAGGAGCAAGGUGGGAACAUCAUUGUGGCCACUCCAGGCCGUUUGGAGGACAUGUUCCGGAGGAAGGCAGAGGGCUUGGAUUUGGCCAGCUGUGUGAGGUCCCUCGACGUCCUGGUGUUGGAUGAGGCAGACAGACUUCUGGACAUGGGGUUUGAGGCAAGCAUAAAUACCAUCCUGGAGUUUUUGCCAAAGCAGAGGAGAACAGGCCUUUUCUCCGCCACUCAGACACAGGAGGUGGAGAGCCUGGUGAGAGCGGGGCUCCGGAACCCCGUGCGGAUCUCGGUGAAGGAGAAGGGCGUGGCGGCCAGCAGCACCCAGAAAACUCCUUCCCGCCUGAAGAACUACUACAUGGUAUGUAAGGCAGAUGAGAAAUUUAACCAGCUGGUACAUUUUCUUCGAAAUCAUAAGCAGGAAAAGCACCUGAUUUUCUUCAGCACCUGCGCCUGUGUGGAAUACUAUGGAAAGGCCCUGGAAUCCCUGGUGAAGGGUGUGAAGAUUAUGUGCAUUCAUGGGAAGAUGAAACAUAAGCGCAACAAGAUCUUCAUGGAGUUCCGCAAAUUGCAAAGUGGGAUUUUAGUGUGCACAGAUGUCAUGGCCCGAGGAAUAGAUAUUCCUGAAGUAAACUGGGUUUUGCAGUACGACCCUCCCAGCAGCGCAAGUGCCUUUGUGCAUCGCUGUGGCCGCACAGCCCGCAUCGGCCACGGUGGCAGUGCGCUCGUGUUCCUCCUUCCCAUGGAAGAGUCAUACGUCAGUUUCCUUGAAAUUAACCAAAAAUGCCCCCUGCAGGAGAUGCAACUCCAGAAAAACACAGGAGACCUCCUUCCAAAGCUCAAGUCCAUGGCCCUGGCUGACAGAGCUGUGUUUGAAAAGGGCAUGAAAGCCUUUGUGUCAUACGUCCAGGCAUAUGCCAAGCACGAAUGCGGCCUCAUCUUCAGAUUAAAGGAUCUUGAUUUUGCUAGUCUUGCUCGAGGGUUUGCCCUGCUGAGGAUGCCCAAGAUGCCAGAACUGAGAGGAAAGCAGUUUCCAGAUUUUUUGCCUGCAGAUGUUAAUACAGACACCAUUCCAUUCAAAGAUAAAAUCAGAGAGAAGCAAAGACAGAAGCUACUAGAGCAACAGAGAAAAGAGAAAAGAGAAAAUGAAGGGAGAAAAAAAUUCACAAAAAAUAAAGCUUGGUCAAAGCAGAAGGCCAAAAAGGAGAAGAAGAAGAAAAUGAAUGCAAAAAGGAAGAGGGAAGAGGGUUCUGAUAUCGAAGAUGAGGACAUGGAGGAACUUCUUAAUGACACGAGGCUCUUGAGAAAGUUUAAGAAAGGCAAGAUUACUGAAGAAGAGUUUGAGAAGGGGUUGUUGGCGAGCGGCAAGAGAACAGUCACCACAGCAGACGUGGGGAUCCCCGCCUGGGAACCUGACUGCUGACACCGGCUUUGGGGAGCGUGGGAGAGCGGGGAAUGCGGCCAGCGGGCCCGGCAUGGCUCACAUCUGCUUUCGCUACGUGUUGGAACUUCACAUCCAAGAAAGCUGCUCAGACUUGGGGGGCGGGGGGUUUUACACUCGUGGAUGUUGUAUUAAAACCACACCGGCCUUUAAGUGUAAUGGAAGAGCGUAACUGUCGGAGUGUAAAUAACAGAUGUCAAUAUUUAUUUUGAUGGGUCACCUAUAAAUUAAAGCUCAUUUUUCUGUGGCUAUUUUAUACUUAACUUUCUAACAAAGAUACUGAGGUAGACUUGAUUUUUGGCUUUUUAAGGUUCCUUAGUGUUUUCGGGCGUCUGAGCUUCCUGGGUGUCCUUUCCCCUGGACUUCUGUUAUCUCUUUCAGGGGCUGUACAAAACACCGGCAUGGGGUUGCUGAUGUUGCUGGGGUUCUUUUCAAAGAAUAGUCCUCACCGCUGUUUUAUGGGGGAGUAUCUGAAAAACUAAAGAAGCAAAUCCUAAUCUCGGAAAAAAAUAUGCCUCGUGUUGAAUAAAUUAUUUCCUUCCA